GCUUUUGUUCCUACCAUGCAUAUAACUCAGCUCAACCGGGAAUGUCUUCUACAUUUAUUUUCCUUCCUGGACAAGGACAGCAGGAAGAAUCUAGCAAAAACUUGCUCUCAGUUGUGGGAUGUAUUUCUUGAUCCUUUGCUCUGGCCGCUGCUGCAUUUUAAUUCUCUCAUGGAACUGAAAAAAGAUAACUUCCUUUUGGGCCCUGCUUUAAGGCGCUUGUCGAUUUGCUGGCAUUCAAGCCAGGUAAAGGUAUGCAACAUUGAAGACUGGAUGAAAAAUGCCUUGCAGAAGGGUGUUUGCAGCACCCACGAGCACCUCGCCAGUGACUUUUUAGUGAAAGUUUGCAACAGGUGCCCCAACCUCCUGUCCUUGACACUCUCUGGCUGCGGCCACGUCACUGACGAAUGCAUCACAUCAUUGCUCCAGAGUUGCCCCAACCUCCAGACCCUCAAACUGGAAAACUGUGUUCGGAUCACCAACCAAACACUGGCCGCUGUGACUGCUCACGGGCACUCACUGAGGACCCUUCACGUUGAUUUCUGUCGAAAUGUGAGCCAAGCUGGCCUGCGGCAGGUCCAAGACCAAUGCCCUUGGCUGGUUCUGAAAGCAGAGAGAAGCGCAGACAUGAUCCCUGACAUGCUCCCUGUGGAAAAGCUAACCCAAGACAGGGCAGCUAGAAAACUCUGACAACACUACAUAGAAGCCUGGAAUACGAUGCCCCUCCAGCGCACCAGUUUCCUGAGCA